CUCCGGUCCGCGCGAGCCUCCUCCCCUCACCGCGACCCUAUCAGGCCCCGCAGCCCAGCUGCCCCAGCCAUGGACGCCCCGGAGCCGCAGCCCGACCCCGACGGUGGGGACGGCCCAGGCCACGAGCCUGGGGGCAGUCCCCAGGACGAGCUGGACUUUUCCAUCCUCUUCGAUUAUGACUAUCUGAAACCCAUCGAAGAAGAACAGAACGCACAUAAGGCCAUCAGCUCACCCUCUGGAAUCGCAUACCCGGAUGAUGUCCAGGACUAUGGCCUCAAGCCAGUCAACCCCCUCGCCAGUUUCUCUGGCGAGCCCCCCAGCCGGUUUGGAGAGCCGGAUAGGAUAGGGUUCCAGAACUUUCUGAGUCCCGCCAAGCCAGCAGGGGCUUCGGGCCCGAGCCCUCGGAUCGAGAUCACUCCAUCCCACGAACUGAUGCAGGCAGGGGGGGCCCUCCGUGGGAGAGAUGCCGGCUUACCCUCCGAGCAGCCGGCCCUGGCCCUGGCCGGCAUGGCUGCCAGCCCGAGGUUCACACUGCCCGUGCCCGGCUUUGAGGCCUACCGCGAGCCGCUUUGCUUGAGCCCCGCUAGCAGCGGCUCCUCUGCCAGCUUCAUUUCUGACACCUUCUCCCCCUACACCUCGCCCUGCGUCUCGCCCAAUAACGCCGGGACCGACGAUGUGUGUCUCCAGUUUCAAAACAUCCCUACUCAUUAUUCCCCCAGAACCUCUCCAAUAAUGUCACCUCGAACCAGCCACGCCGCCGAGGACAGCUGCCUGGGCCGACACUCGCCCGUGCCCCGUCCGGCAUCCCGCUCCUCCUCACCCGGUGCCAAGCGGAGGCAUUCGUGCGCAGAGGCCUUGGUUGCCCCUCUGCCCACAUCCUCACCCCAGCGCUCCCGGAGCCCCUCGCCACAGCCCUCGCCUCACGUGGCACCCCAGGACGACGGCAUCUCCGCUGAGUCCGCUGGGUACCCUCCCACGGCUGGCUCUGGUGUUCUCAUGGAAGCCCUCAACAGCCUGGCCACUGACUCGCCCUGCGGGAUCCCCUCCAAGAUAUGGAAGACCAGUCCUGACCCGACUCCCGUGUCCACCGCCCCGUCCAAGGCGGGCCUGGCCCGUCACAUCUACCCAACUGUGGAGUUCCUGGGGCCAUGUGAGCAGGAGGAAAGGAGGAAUUCCGCUCCUGAGUCCAUCCUGCUGGUACCACCCAGCUGGCCCAAGCAGCUGGUGCCAGCCAUUCCCAUCUGCAGCAUCCCUGUGACUGCAUCCCUUCCUCCACUAGAGUGGCCACUCUCCAAUCAGUCAGGCUCCUAUGAGCUGCGGAUCGAGGUCCAGCCCAAGCCCCAUCACCGGGCCCACUAUGAGACGGAGGGCAGCCGUGGUGCUGUCAAAGCCCCAACAGGAGGCCACCCUGUGGUGCAGCUCCACGGCUACAUGGAGAACAAGCCCCUGGGACUUCAGAUCUUCAUUGGGACAGCCGAUGAGAGAAUCCUUAAGCCGCAUGCCUUCUACCAAGUACACAGAAUCACGGGCAAAACCGUUACCACCACCAGCUAUGAGAAGAUUGUGGGCAACACCAAGGUCCUGGAAAUCCCCCUGGAGCCAAAGAACAACAUGAGGGCCACCAUCGACUGUGCUGGCAUCCUGAAGCUUCGGAACGCCGACAUCGAGCUGCGGAAGGGCGAGACAGACAUCGGCAGGAAGAACACACGAGUGCGCCUGGUGUUCCGCGUGCACGUCCCGGAACCCAGUGGCCGCAUCAUCUCCCUGCAGGCAGCAUCCAACCCCAUUGAGUGCUCUCAGCGCUCUGCCCAUGAGCUGCCCAUGGUGGAGAGACAAGACGUGGACAGCUGCCUGGUCUAUGGGGGCCAGCAGAUGAUCCUCACAGGCCAGAACUUCACGGCUGAGUCCAAGGUGGUGUUCAUGGAGAAGACCACAGAUGGGCAGCAGGUUUGGGAGAUGGAAGCCACGGUGGAUAAAGACAAGAGCCAGCCUAACAUGCUUUUCGUUGAGAUCCCCGAGUAUCGGAACAAGCACAUCCGAGUACCCGUAAAAGUGAACUUCUACGUCAUCAACGGAAAGAGAAAACGAAGUCAGCCACAACACUUUACCUACCAUCCAGCCCCUGCCAUCAAGACGGAGCCCGAUGAGUAUGACCCUUCUCUGAUCUGCAGCCCUGCCCAUGGAAGCCUGGGGAGCCAGCCAUAUUACCCACAGCACCCAAUGCUGGCCGAGUCCCCCUCCUGUCUCGUGGCUACCAUGGCCCCCUGCCAACAGUUCCGCUCGGGGCUGUCAUCCCCAGAUGCCCGCUACCAGCAGCAGAGCCCCGCAGCAGCUCUCUACCAGAGGAGCAAGAGCCUGAGUCCAGGCCUGCUGGGCUACCAGCAGCCGGCCCUCCUGGCAGCACCCUUGGGCCUGGCCGAUGCCCACCGCUCUGUGCUGGUGCAUGCUAGUUCUCAGGGCCAGAGCCAGGGCUCUACCCUGCCACACACAUCCUCGGCUACCCAGCAGGCCUCGCCCGUGAUUCACUACUCACCCACCAACCAGCAGCUUCGUGGCGGGGGGCACCAGGAGUUUCAGCAUAUCAUGUACUGUGAGAACUUUGGCCCUGGUUCAGCCAGGCCUGGCCCACCUCCCAUCAACCAAGGCCAGAGGCUGAGCCCAGGCUCCUACCCCACAGUCAUCCAACCACAGACUGCCCUGAACCACAGAGCUACCAAAAACGGACCCCCAGUCAGUGACCAGAAGGACGCUAUGCCCACUGGAGUGACAGUCAAACAGGAACAGAACCUGGACCAGACCUACCUGGAUGACGUUAAUGAAAUCAUCAGGAAGGAGUUUUCAGGACCUGCCCCCCGAAAUCAGACCUAGAACAGCCAUUAUCGCAAGACGCCUUCCAUCUUGGACCCCUUCUGUCUCCCCCCGCCUUCUCUGACUGGAACACUGUGUGUGGGCACAGCGAAGGCUGUUGGUGUAGGAGCCUGCUGCCUCUCAACGCUUAGCCAAGCUGAUGUCCAUGGUGACUGGAUGAAAAAGCCACUGCCUGCUGACCAAAGCCCCGUUCUCAACUCACCAGGAAGCUGAACUUGCCAGAGACCCGGAAGCUGGCCUGGGGGAGAAAACUGGGGAACUUUGAUAGAGCCCCAGCCCACGGACAUGGCUCCUCUCUCUCUUGAAGGGUGUUUCGACAGAACAACCAAAGGAACAUGGCCCAAGAGCCCAACUUUUGGGCUCAAGAACCCCAGGUCUCUGUAGGAGCCAAAACCGGAGCGUCUCAUCUCUGCCCCAGCUGGGCCAUAGCAGAGCUUUGCUUGUUUUCAGUCUUCUUUCCGAAGCCAAACUGCCUUGCCCUGACAGGACCACCUGUUCCAACUCCUGGCCUUAAGUUAUAACCCGUGUACAUUGUUUGCCAGCUUCUGGGCCUUUGUUUUGUUUUUCUCUGCUUCAAAGAGCCAACCAAGGAGUCCGCAGGCUGGGCCCUCUCAGCCAGCUACUCCCUAACCCUGCUGCCUGCACCAGACCUCUGGUGGGAUCCAGCUCGGGCUGCCUGUUGAGAACAAAGCUUCCAAAGGCUCUUCUCCACCCUCCUCCCAGACAGAGCCUCCUCCUCCCUGGAGCCGGAAGAACCUUCUGGGUCCUUGCAUUGACUGUUACAGAGCUGAAGCUACCUAACCCAAUCAAAACCUGCAGGUGUUUGUCAUGACUGCCACCAAACAGAACGACGGGGCUGAAAUCUCCCCCUACCCUAAACUCAAAGCUGGAGCGCGCUGGCAUAGCCCCAUUGUUCUGUUUCUUACCUGGAUGCAAAUAACGUCACUGUGGAAUCCGAGACGCUGCCAUGUGAGCUGCAUGCGUAACUCAGACCCCAGCAUGUGCCUUCGUGUGAUCAAGGCUGGCUCGUGUGUCCUAUGGUGUCCUCUGCUCUCACGCCACAGGUCUCCACAGUCUUCCUCCCCUGAAAAACAAAUCCAAAGGCUUGGCUUGGGUCCCCAUCAGGACCUCGGGAUGGGAGAGAGGGAACUGGGACGAGAGAGCAUCUUUUUCUUGAGAAAGAUACCGACUCCUUCGACCUCAAGCCUGGGUUGUCCCUGAGAAUUGUACACAAAGGGUUUAGUUGGUAGUUUUGAUUUAAAGCCACCAAAUCCUGUCUUUUCAUGGAUUGACAAGAUCCUAAAGGCAGGCUGAUGCUGUCAGAACCAACUGUGUGGAGUCCUCACAGGAGACCCCCCGUGCGGCAUCCAAAGGACAGCCACCUUUUGUCCAGCACAUCACAGCCAUGGACAAAGUGAGCUGGUUCCUCCCAAGACCUGGGAUAGCUCGUUCACGUCCAGUGGUCUGGUCAUCUGUUGCAUCACCAUCAACCCUCAGCCAGCAGUGGCACCGCCACACAGAGAGGUUGGAAGCAAUGUGCUUUGAUUGUCACUCAGAACCAAAGAGAGACUGCAUUGACAGACUAUCAGAGAGCUGCUGUGUUCGUUAGGCACUCCGGAAAAGACACAGAAGUGGCCAGGCCAGGCCAGACAUUCCUGAACAAUGCGGGAAGGGCAGCCUUGAGGAACCUGACACACCUUUGGCCAUCAAGCUUCAUGGACCCAAACCAGCCAGAGCGAGAGCUUCUCCUGCAGUCCUGCCCGCUGCUAAAAUGAGGCGACAUCACCUUCACUGCUGACCGACUCACCCGUGCCUUGACAUACAGCCGCCAUUCUCGUCUUAACCCGGUUCGUUUACACCUAACUCCAGUGUUGGGCAAGAGCGGUGCUUCCCUGAGCUGCCCCUCUGGGAUCACAGAGGGGUCCUGGCAGUCAAAGGGUUAAUGCUGUCUCUAGGCAGCCCCUGGGGCAGAUGGGAAUAAAGUUCCCCCGCCCUUUCAGGUUUUGGUCGGACUGGGUGCUGAUGGUGCAGUUGCUGUGUGACUAGGAGCCACAGCAUUCUGGUUGGCCAGAGCUCACUGUGGGAGCAUCCCAGCCAUCCUAUCAGAGAAGCCCCUGCUCCCCUGUCACCUCUCAGCCCUCACAGGGAGUCUCACCAUCCUAGAGGUUGCCCCGGUGAUGCCUGAAGACCAGGGUUUGGGAAAAAUCCCGACUGUCUUGAGGAGUCAGAAUAUAUCGCAUUCCUAUGCAAAAUAAUUUUAAUCUCCAGUUUCAUGUAGUUUAUUUUUGCUAUAUGUAAAGUAUUUUUAUACGGCUUGUAUGAUGACAGC